AUGAGAAACUGGCAUCUGGAAGCAGUGGGUAAUGUCAUGAGUAUUCCUACAACUUUCAAUCCUAUAAGCAACAGUGUUGUUGCUGAUGUCCAGGAAUUACCCCCCUUUCUACACAAUUUAUAUUGGGUGGCACCAUCAUCUUACUUAGGGAAUAAGCUUUCUUCAUAUGGAGGAUAUUUAAGCUAUCAGCUGAAAUCCUUUGGCUUACCUAGUGAAGGCAUGGCUCUCCUGGAAAAAAGACCAGAUGUACAGCUAAUUGGAAGGGAGAUGAAAAUAUCCUAUAUAGAUCCUAAUAAUCCUUUGCCAGACAAAAUGUAUUAUGGAUCAGUUCAAUUAGUUGAGGGGAACUUCAGGCACACCAGCAGCAAUAACUUAGUAUCUCGAGAGGAGCUAAUGAUGGUCCUGUCUAGACUUAAUGGAUUACAAAUCAGAGGUCUUUACUUCACAGAAACUCAGCGGUUAACCUUGGGCGAUGUUGGUCUGGAAGAAGCCAUCAGUACAGGAAAUGGUAAUAUCGCUUAUGCUGUAGAGACGUGUUCCUGCCCUCCUGAAUAUAUGGGUGAUUCAUGUCAGGUAGGAAUUGUCUUUCUUUUUGUUCUGCAUCACCCAUGA